ACAAAAGAAGAUAGGCAAAAAAAAAGGGAGAGAAGUUUCCAUCUAAGGAAGAAGAAAGAAAGCCAAGUGCACUCCAUACAGCUCAUUUCUCUCAUGCAUCCCCUAUCAACAUCUCUGCCGAGCACACAAGCACACACCGUCCUCCCUCCCUAUAAAUUCACCCAUUUGGCCCUCUUUACCUCAAACUCUUGCACCUUGCAAACAAUGCUGCCUUUGGCUCUUCCUGCUAGGUUCAGAAUAAUCUUUAACAGAAGCCUUCAAUCUUCUUUCUUAUUCCACUGCCUUUUUCUUCCAAGAGUGAAAAAGUUAAAAUUUCAAAGAGGGCAAUUGGUGAUGAUGGGGUGAGUUCUUUUUUGAAUCUAUAAGCAAGUUACAUUUCAAAUGAUCCAAAAAGCAACACAAGCUCAUGCCUUUUCUGAUCUCUACCCGUCAUGAGCCAUGACUAAUUGUUUUCCAUAUUUGUGUUUGUCCUUUUGCUUUUAGCAUUUCUUUCAAUGCUAUUGAGAAUGGUUGAAGUUGGUGAAGUGAAUCAUUAACUUGUUAUUGAGAAUGGUUGGGCUCUGUAGUUGUUUGCCAUUUGAUAGUUGGAUUUUGCUGUGGCAUGUUCUUAGAAUGAAAAUCUGUUUUCAGUUCUGCAUGAGUCAACCUUUUGGCUGAAAAUUCUAUUAUCUUUUACUUGGUAUAUCGAGGUGUUUCUAGAAAGUUAUUGAAGUAAUUAGCACUGUGUUUGAUGGAGUAUUGCUGGAUAGAAUAAAAUUUGCAUAUUUGGUUAUUUAAACUAUUUUUUUUCUCAUUCGUGUGUAAUGCAAAAAUUUCUGCUGACAGGAAGAAAAAAUAAAGUAAAAUUUUUUAAUGAAAAGUAAUAAAAGAAACCCAUAUUCACUCAAAAAGAGGUGGGUCAAGAGAUCUUAAUUAGAUGACACAUACCUGACCAUUUGGCUUGACUUGGCUUGCGUUGAGUUUAAAUUAUAAUAUAGUUUUGUAGGUAUUGUAUUAUCAAUUUUUCUUUUUUUAACCUCAUAUUUUGAGUUUGGCUGGGGUUGGGGGUCUAGUUGAUAAGUUUGUUGAGAAGGCAAAGCCCUUCCUGAUGGCAUAUGAUGGAAUUCAAAGUCAAGAAGAAUGGGAGGUAUAUGCUGUUGCUUUUGAAAUAUGGUUAAUAGAUUUUAUCCUCGAAGUUGAUUUUUUGGUAUUCCUAUCACUUUGAACAGUGUUUGGUGUGUCUUUUCUUGAAUAUCCAUCUUUCGCUGCAAAUAUGCAAGAGUUUAAAUGCUCCGGUUAUGCUAGUUAUUCCAGCAAAGACAAGAAAAAGAAAAAGAAAAAGAAAAAGAGAAC